CCGACCCCGGAGCCGCCCGCCAAGUUCUGCGCUCGGCUUGCAGUCCCGCGCCCACGUCGGGGUCCCGGCCACCCCGCGGACCGCGGACCGGCCCCUCGCCGCCGCCCCUCCUCGCUGGCCCGCGGCCCGGGAGGGCGGGGGUCACCAUGGCCGAAGCGCCCCCGGCGGUGGAGACCGACCCGGACUUCGAGCCGCUGCCCCGGCCGCGCUCAUGCACCUGGCCGCUGCCCAGGCCGGAGUUCGGACAGUGCAACUCGGCCACCUCGAGCCCGGCGCCGACGGGCGCCGCGGUGAACCCCGACGCCUCGGCAGGCCUGCCGGGAGCUGCGGCCGGCGCCGACUUCAUGCGCGGCCUGAGCCUGCUGGAGGAGCGCGGGGACUUCCCGCGGGCGCCCGGCUCCGCGGCGGCCCCCGGGGGGCUGUGCGGGGACUUCCAGGGCCCCGAGGCGAGCUGCCUGCGCCCGGCGCCGCCCCCCCCGCCCGGGCCGCUGCCGCCCCCGCCCGGGCCCCCCGCCGCCGCCGGGCCGCUGGCUGGGCAGCCGCGUAAGAGCAGCUCGUCCCGCCGCAACGCGUGGGGCAACCUGUCCUACGCCGACCUCAUCACCAAGGCCAUCGAGAGCUCGGCCGAGAAGCGGCUCACGCUGUCGCAGAUUUACGAGUGGAUGGUCAAGAGCGUGCCCUACUUCAAGGACAAGGGCGACAGCAACAGCUCCGCGGGGUGGAAGAAUUCGAUCCGCCACAAUCUGUCACUGCACAGCAAGUUCAUCCGGGUGCAGAACGAGGGAACUGGGAAGAGCUCCUGGUGGAUGCUCAACCCCGAGGGCGGCAAGAGUGGGAAGUCGCCCAGGAGGAGAGCUGCCUCAAUGGACAACAACAGCAAGUUUGCCAAGAGCCGCGGCCGUGCCGCCAAGAAGAAAGCCGCCCUGCAGUCCGGCCAGGAGGGGGCUGGGGACAGCCCCGGGUCCCAGUUCCCCAAGUGGCCGCCAAGCCCUGGCUCGCACAGCAACGACGACUUCGACAGCUGGAGCACCUUCCGCCCACGAACCAGCUCCAACGCCAGCACCGUCAGCGGGAGGCUGUCCCCGAUCAUGACCGAGCAGGACGACCUUGGAGACGGGGACGUGCACGCCAUGGUGUACCCGCCGCCCGCCACAAAGAUGGCCUCCACACUGCCCAGCCUCUCAGAGAUCAGCAGCCCCGAGAACAUGGAGAACCUUCUGGACAACCUCAACCUGCUCUCGUCGCCCACGUCCCUGGCCGUUUCCACCCAGUCUCCGCCCGGUGGCUUGAUGCAGCAGGCGCCGCGCCACUCGUUUGCGCCCCCAAACACCAGCCUGAGCUCACCGAGUCCGAACUACCAGAAGUACACGUACAGCCAGCCCAGCGCCAGCCCUUUGCCCCAGCUGCCCCUGCAGACCCUCCAGGACGGCAAGCCGGGCUACGGCGGCCUGGGCCAGUACAGCUGCGCCCCGGGGCUCCUCAAGGAGCUGCUCACCUCUGACUCCCCGCCCCAUGGUGACCUCCUGGCGCCCGUGGACCCUGGGCCGGCACAGCCCGUCAGCCGCGUCCUGGGCCCCAGCGUGCUGCUGGGCCCCGGUGCGGUGCUGCCGGCCUAUGGCGGCCAAGUGGCCCACGGCCCCCACGCCGGACACGCUCAGCCGGCGCCUGCGGCCAGCGGGCGGGCCCUGCCCCACGCCUCGGGCCUGAGCCGCCUGACCCCGCUGAAGACGCCCGUGCAGGGGCCGCUGCCGCAGCCUGUGCAGAUACACGCCCUGGGGGGCUACUCGGCCAGCAGCUGUAACGGGUUCGGCCGGGUGGGCGUCCUCCACCAGGAGAAGCUCCCAAGCGACCUGGACGGCAUGUUCAUCGAGCGCCUGGACUGUGACAUGGAGUCCAUCAUCCACAACGACCUCAUGGAUGGGGACACGUUGGAUUUUAACUUUGACAGUGUGCUGCCCAGCCAGGGCUUCCCGCUGAGCGUCAAGACGACGACGCACAGCUGGGUGUCGGGCUGAGCCGGGAGCAGGUGAGCGCCCCAGCGUCCCGGCCCCAGGAGGUGCCUGUUAGUCCUGUCCACCCUUUACCACUCGUAAGUGGUCGCUUUGAGUUGAAACACAAGGAAGCUUCCUUUUACUGUUUUUAAGGUCGUCUUUUGACGGAUGGAUGCGUCUCUUUGGUAGCUCUUCAAUUCAACUCAAAUGCUGGAGGGUGCUUUUAUCAAGUGGGUACCCCUUUGAUCAGUUCAGAGCUGUUCGAGACAGCUCAAGCCCUCUCCUCCGUGUGCCUGUCACUGUGAGACGUUAAGUUAAGUUGGCUUUAAUUUGACUAUAUUUUUGUUGUUGUGUGUGUGUGUUUUUCUAGGCUACAUUUAAAAGUACUUCAGAUUAUCUGGCAGCAGGAGCUGAGAGAAGCAAUCCAAAGAUGUCCUUCACCCCUCUUAGUUUUCUUGAUUAAAGAAAAAAAAAAAAGCGUUCCUUUUUUUCCUUUCGUCAGACUUGGCAGCCAAGACCCUUUUCCUGUACAGGAUGUUUGCCCGAUAUUUGCAGGCUGUGUGCUGCUGCAGAUAAGGACUGUGCCAUUGGAAAUUUCAUUACGAUGAAGUGCCAAACUCACCACACCAUAUAAUUACAGAAAAGACUUUUGGAUCCUGCUGUGCUUUCAACUUUUGUACAUGAGCAGUAGAUAUAGAACUGUAUUUGUGAGUGUUCUUGUGUUUUUAAAUAUCCACUUGGUCCAAGGAAAGUUUAUACUCUUUUUGUAACACUGUGAUUGUCUCGUGUCCUUGGUAAGUUAGACUUCUGUUUUACUACCUGCGUUCUGCUGAACUGAUGAAUCACAGGUGCCGUCUCCACUCUGCACCUCACUGGGCAGCUUCGGAUCCACUCCCAGUGCCACAGACUCACGGAAACCAAGUAGCCUGUUCUCAAUCUGCUGAAUUGUUGGACUUGUCAAACUCUUUUGAAAAGAAAGAGAUUAAAUGCCAGCCGUGUACAGUUCUUUUCUAUUGUUUUGUUUAUUUUGUUAUUUGCAAUUUUGUACAAACAUUUAAAUGGCUCUAAUUUCCAGAUGAAUGAUUUUGGUGUUAUCCUUGGUAUUGAGGUCAUUUUUGGAAUAGAUUCUGAAUUGUAAUGUUUUCUUAAAACUAGAGUCUACUUUGUUAUAUAGUCUGCUUGUAAAUUUGUGGAAUCAGGUAUUGGGGGCAGCAUUCAUAAUUUUCAUUUUGUAUUUCUAACUGGAUUACUACUAAUUUUAUACGUGCUUAACUGGUUUGUACACUUUGGGAUGCUACUUGACUAAUCUUAAAAAUGUAAUUAAUGUUUGCAUACUCAAUGUUCCGGCCUUUUUUUUUUGGUUUGCAUUAUAGCAGGAAAGCAGUGAAUUGUCCUGGAUGCCUUGUAUUUCUUUUUUAGGAGAACUCGAUACGCUCUGUUCCCAGGUGACGAUGCACCGUGUAGGGUGGAGUGAGUCAGACGGAAGCUGUGUGCUGCUCUGCUAGUUGCUCCCAGGAGGCUCAUGAUGUUUGUAGGUUGGAAAGUGGGAGCCACGUCUAGCACAGUGCUCCUUCCUCAACUCCGGGGGCUUUGUAAACUUGACCCUUCGAGUUGAGCAUCAGCUUCCCCUCAUAAUUCUCUGCUCUUUUUUUGAUCUCGUGGAGGCUGGUUUUGUAGCCCUGCUUGAAGAAUGCUUGUCAGCACUCACGCUUCAUCCCUCUUUCCUUCUAGAGCGGUAUGAGAGGUGGAGUUGAAGGAGGAAACUUUACAACAGAACCAACUUGUAGAAUGCUUUGUAUUCCCAAGUUACUAUACCCAAGCAGAAUAGGCCUUGUGUAAAAAUUGGGGCAAUUGAUUUGAAAACCAACAAACCAGCUGUAAUUUGUACAUUUGACUUUAUUUUAAAGCCUUAGCUUAAGUUAAGAAUUUGAGAGCUUCUUUAGCCAUUAGCAACCUAAACCAUGUUCAGAUCAUGAUGCAUUAAUACUUUGCGGUUACCUGUAACUGAGGGACCCCGUUGACUGGCUUUGUUUCCCAUUUAACCCACUGGUAUUUUCAGGUUGUGGGCAUGGCAGAGGGGCAGUCCCAGCAGCCACGAGGCUCCGAUUUCCCCGUAUUAGCCUAAAUCACAUGCGCGCUGUCGUGCAUGUUAGCUGCAUCUUGGCUGGCCUGGUUUUCCCGCCUAUGUAGGAGGAGCACAAGUCAUGUUUCUGAUCGAUUUCCUAGUCAGCCAGCUCUGCUGUAACCUCCCCGCUGUAUCUGGCUUUGUUUUGAAAAUUCAUUGAACGGCCCUUUCUCCAACUGUCUUCGCUGUUGGCCGUUCCAAAGCAUGGCUGGCGGAGGAGCCGCCACUGCAGUGCCUCCUGCACACGGCGGGUGCGUUGUGGGCUCCUCUUCCGUUCGCACGAAUCCCACGUUCCCGCCUCCCACUCCUUUACCAGCACGCAGGCAGCCGCAGCCCCCGUUCGUUCAUUAAACGACCUUGUUUAAAAAUUGGGGCAAUUGAUUUGAAAACCAGCUAAUCAGCUGUAAUUUGUACAUUUGAAUUUAUUUUAAAGCCUUAGCUUAAGUUAAGAAUUUGAGAGCUUCUUUAGCCUUUAGCAGCCUAAACCGUAUUCACAUCAUGAUGCGUUAAUCCUUUCCAGUUGCCUGUAACCGAGGGACACGGUUCCCGCAGUUCAUUAAAGAAUGAGAGUAAAAUCACUGUUUAAAUCUUAAAAGAGGUUUCUUUCUCCUGAGUCUGUAAAUACCCCCCUCCAGUUUUUGUUUGUGUUGGUAUCUGUGGGGUACAGUGAAGUCCAGUGGAAAGCAAACAUUAUGUGACCUCUGGUUAUUCUUUUUCUGUAAGAAUACUGACUUUCUGGAGUAGUAUGUCGUUACUGUAAACGAUCGCUUCAUGGAAUGUGCAGAUGAUACCACCUAUGCAGCCUUGUUUGAUUUAUUUCCUCUGGUUUGUACUGUUAUUAAAAGCAUAUUGUAUUAUAGAACUAUUCAGAUAUUUUAAAUAUAAAGAUGUAUUGUUUCCGUAAUGUAGAUGUAUGGAAUAUAUUUAGGGAAUAGAUGCAUUACGUGGAAAGUUCUGCUUGGCAAACUGACAGAGUCUAAAUAAUUAGCAAAUAUUGUAUUCAGUCAAUGGGGCAUCCUUAAAAAGACACUUAAAAUGGAAACAGUUCUCCAAAGGUAUAAAAUUUGAACGUGUUUAACUGCUGGAUAUGUCCCAAUACUUACCCCAUUACUUGAAAUUCUUACCUUCAGCUCUUAAGAGGUUUUAAUUUAUAACUGACUUCAGAUGAGCAGCUUUGCUCCUGGUUUUGGUUCGGGAGCCCUCAGUGUGUUGGAAACGCAGUGUGGCGCACACAUGUGUGACUGCUGCGUCACACCCGGCGCCUCCCUGGGGUGAUCACACUCGCUCACUCUCCCUGCUCGAGGUCAGUGACCGGCGGAGCUCACGCCACUGUUGGGGACGCUCGAGAAGUGCCUGACGAUGUACGGAGACACGAGAACAAUCCUUGCUGUUGUAUAAAGCCAUAAAUGUACAUAAACUACG